CCAGAGCCCUCCGCGAACGCUACGGGGGGCGAGAUGUGGAUAGAAAAGGCCUCGGUGGACGUUCGAUAUCUUGGGCUGCAGGGGAUUCUGCUCCAAGAAGCCGUCUUCGACGACUACGCGGCGCGGCGCAACGUCACAUUGCAGUUCUCUGAUGACGACGGCGCGCAGACCAUCGUGCCUCACCCCGAGAACGUUCGCAAACAGGAGGCCUUCGUGAAUCACUACGCAAGGCUUGCGCGUGACUGCGGUGUCAUCCCGGGCGUGCGCGGCGAGCCGCGGGGCAUCCAGUCGGACACUGCCAGCGGCAUGCCGGCCCUCAUAGUGACCUGCGGGACGCUGAGCCGAGCGGUCUACAAGGCCGCCAAGAAGUGGCCCGAGAAUAAGAUGGUGCAGGUUAGCCUCGCGAGAGGCUUGAGGAACGCGACCCUGUUCGACUCCCGCGCGCCUAAGGACGUCAUCAGGUGGCUCAGGGAAUGGCGCAACGAAUUUCAUAACGGCAGCCGUUUUUCAUUGCUACAAUAUUGGAAGCAUCUAAACGACAUGAGCGCCGAGUACCAGGCGCGCGGCAAGACGGGCGGCGCAGUCAUGAGUUUCUGGGAUUGGCACUGCGCCAGGUUCAAGAAGGAAGCCGAGCGCAGGCUCAAGAGCGAAAACGAGUGCAAGGUGUUCCACGACGAGGUGAAGUCUGUGAUCGAUGGCUCCAUCCUGAAGCACGUCUUCAUGAAAGCGCUCUACUUCUUCUUGCCCUUGGCAUCUGCAGCUGACGAAGCUGACGACGACGACAGCGCCGCGCCGUCCCGCCAGCGAGCGAUCCCGUUCCUGUUCGAGAAGCAGAAUCUGGAUGUGGUCAGGAUGCUGAUGACAAAGAUGGACACUUCCGCGACGAAGAGAAAGGGAAUGAAGAAGUGGGAGCAGAUCAUCGCCAAGAGGGAGCAGGAUCAGGACAGCGCAGGGACUACCGCCACGCCUGCCGAGCCAGCAAAGAAGAAGACUCGGGGAUCCAACAAGAAGGUCGUCGCCAUCCAGACCCCCGCUGAGGAUUGGUCCGACCAGAGCAAGCACAUCUACUGA